AUGGACGGAGAAGAGACCUCGCACAGGAGGAAGAUCUCGCAGCCAAAGAGAGGCGAAGAGGGCGAGGGUUCGCCCCAUUCGCCUCGAGGUGGGCGCCUGGACUCCAAGCUGAGAUCCAGCAGCCACAACGGGUCAUUGACCAGCUCCUCUUCAUCUGCAGCAAUAUCGAAGAGGAAGAUCUCGAUCAAGCGGGCCGGUGGCAACGAAGACUCGGAUGGAAAUGAUGAGGUUUCAGAUGACGACGGCACGCGGGUCCUUCGAAAACACAGCGGCAGCACCGACGCAGGCGCCCGGCGCAAGGGCUCCUCCAGGGCCACCAGGAAUCCGGAUGAAGAUGAAUCGAUGGAUGGCGCCGAGCCCUCCACGGGUCCACGUGGCGAAGAUGAAGGGCCGCCUCCGGGUCCAGACGACAUGCCCCCGGCACUCCCGCUCGACGAGGACCCCGCCCUGCUGGACGACGAGGAUUUCGAACCGCAGGAGCCGCCCCCGGCACCUCCGCCCAUGCCCACGGGCGACACGGUGGAGGAGGUGACCGAGUUCGAGGCGCGCUUCCUUUCCCCGCUCAUUCUCGAGUCCGACCACCCCGAAAUGGCCUCCUUCCCCUCAGACCUCCUCCACUUCACCGCCACACCCAAGACCCACCGCACCCUCUACUCCACCAAACCGGACGGGACGCGGCUGGAGAAGUGCGAGCCGCACGUGCAGGAGGCCUUCCGCGCGUUCUCCCAGAACUGGGUGGUGGUGACUCGCCAGAACACGGCCUACACCAAGGCGCAGCCGACGGGCACGCCGGCCACCAUCUACGAUCUGCCCAAGGAAACCUUCGAAUGCGAGACCACAGCCACCCCCGAGCCCGCCGAGCAAGAGGACGAGCUCCUGCUCGGCAGCAUCCCACACCCCAACGCACAGGUGCUCGCCUUCAACGCACAGAAGCGGCGUGAGAGGCAGCUGCCUCUGUUUCGGUACUACGAUCCCGAGUACAAGUGGCCAAACCACGAGCGUGUCCUGUGCGAGCGUGUCGCACCGCCGCUUCCCGAUCUCGAACCCAAGCCUCUUGUACAGCUGCUGGUCGAGUGCCAGGCCCUCACACUCCAGUUUGGCCAAAUUGAACCCUUCUUUUGCUCCUUCGCCCUCUACGACCUGGGCAAGCGAACCAAGAUCUCGGAGAACUUCUACUUUGACAGGAACCAUCAGUCCAUCCUCUCCAAGCUCGGGCGGCAUCUUGAGUCCAUCGACCCUCGCACUCGGUGUCAACGGGGCCAGUUCUCGGUGUCGCAGCCCAACGAUGAUAUCUACCUCGUCCUGCGAGUCGAUAAGGUGCUUCAAGGGGACAGCACCGCGCUCGAAUUGUACACAAAGACCGACUUGAAGGGGAAAGAGCUGGAGAAGAACAGGGUCAAGGCCCAAGAAUCGGCGGUCGCGUUCUGCUCGCGCCUGGGGUGCUACCGCCAGUCGUUCGCAUGGGCCGCCCUGCCCGUCUUCUCCCGUUCCACACUCGCCCUGCAGGAGCUGAACAACUUCACCCUCUACCCGGCCCACCCCAAAGACAACAUCUACGACCAGCUCCUCGAGCUCCGCGACCCGAAGGCCAAGCGCAAGGCGAUUCCGGCGACGUGCGAGGUGCGGGUGUCGCAGCUGAUCACGGAGUCGUCGAUACCGCCCUUCCGGCUGGACCCGACGCUGAACCCGGUGCGGGACCCCAUCACCGGCCGCAUCCCCUCCACCGAGGGCGGCGAAGAGACCUGGGUCCACGAGGUGCAGGAGUUCGGGGACAGCGGGACCUCCUGCUUCUGGAGCUACGUCAACAACCUCUACGUGUACCCCGAGUCCGUCGUCCUGUCGGCCCACAACAGGAAAGUCAAGACCAUUGCACUCAAGGUGGCGCUGCGAGCGGACGAUGAGGCGGCCGACGCCCCGGGCCUGCCGAUGAUAUUCGGCCGGUCGUCCUGCGCCGCCUUCUCCCGGCAGGCCAUCGCGCAGGUCGUGUACCACAACAAGGCGCCCACGUUCCAGGACGAGGUCAAGAUCAAGCUGCCCACGCGGCUCACCGACAAGCUCCACCUCCUCUUCACCUUCUACAACGUGUCCGUCCAGCGGCCCAAGAAGGGCGAAGACGAGCUGGAGUCGCCCAUCGGCUACGCCGUGCUACCGCUCUACGAGAACGGGAAGCUGCCCGAGAACAACCAGGGCGAUCUGAUCGGGCUCCCGAUCGUGGUGAGCAAGCGACCAGACCACUACAUGUCCGAGGAGGCCCGCUCGAAGGCGAUCUACCUGGACAACGGGAAGCCCCUCUUCCGCACGCGCCUGCGCAUGGUGUCUACCAUCUACCCCGACGACCCAGCACUCACCCAGUUCUACAAGUUCUUCUCCACCACCGACAACGAACGGGAGCUCUCUCAGGCCUUGGACGGCCUCGAGAGCAUUCCCAAGACGGUGGCGGUGCAGAACUUCCCGAUCUUGGUGCAGAUGCUGUGCCACGUCAUGUGUGUGCACUCGCGCACGCCGGGCUUCAAGGCGUUCCGGGUGCUGCUCAAGAUCCUCAACCUGGUGCACUGGGCCACGAGGGAGAAGGGCGCCCUGCGGUCGCGCCUCCUCCAGUCCUUCGUCUACCACGCCUUCGAUCCCGGCGCCUUCGCCGACCAGUUGCCGCUGGCGAUGUGCACGCACUUCCUCACGUUCAUUGCGGGCAAGAUCAACUUUGACGAGAGCGCGGACGUGACGACGGCAGAUAUGGCGUCGUCCAUGUGGUUCAUAUUCGACAUGCUCAUCAAGUCGAUGGCCAUCAAACUGCACCAGGAACAGCAACUCGCGCGAGCGGACCGAAGUACCUGGUGGAGCGCCGAGUUCGCGCGGCUGGUGACCAAGGUGGUGCAGAACCUGAUGGUGGCCCUGUUCGUGCGAGACCUCUACCCUGUAUUCGAUCGGGGCAGGAUCAACACGCUGGUCAAGAUCUAUGCCGAGGCCAUCUCCUGUACGCGACUUGUACCCUGUGGGAGCCUGGGUCCGGCAUGCACGGGCUGA